CUACAAGAAAGGCUGUUUAGGAUACUUUGUCUCAUAAUUUAUAUUAGGUGUGCAAAUAACGAUGCACGAAAUGGAUACAGACAAACAGCCAGGGAUUUGGUUUAUAUGUACAGGCAUUGGAAACCAAUGGAAAGGCAUGGGAAUAUCGCUUCUAACAAUCCCAGUGUUUUCCCAAUCCAUCGAUGAGUGCACUGAAGCAUUAAAGAGUUACAACUUCAACGUGAAGGAAUUUCUGUUGAACACCGACUCGCCAACGUAUACAAACAUUGACAAUACACUAGUGGCAAUAGCAGCUAUUGGGAUUGGAUUAAUUGACGUACUCCGUUCUGUCGGCGUGAGACCUUCAGGUAUUAUUGGCCAUUCUGCUGGUGAGAUUGUAUGCGGUUACGCUGACGAGUGUUUGACUUUGUAGGAGACCAUACGAGUGGCGUACCUCAUGGGGAAAUGUUUUACUGAAAGCAAUCUUCCAACUGGGGCAAUGGCGGUCGUAGGUCUUACAUGGGAAAAGGCUUUGGAAUUCUGCAGUGGCAGCGAGGUUGAACUGGCCUGCCACAACGCUUACGACUUGGUUGCUAUUUCUGGAGCCAAACAAGCAGUCUUAGGUAUGGUGGAAAGAAUGAAAAAAGAAGACUUAUUUACCAGAGUAUUCGACACGGGCAAUUUGGCGUCCCACUCAAAAUACAUGCUGUUGAUUUACGAAAGAGUAUUGCGGGAUAUAUCAACGGUAAUUCCAAACCCAAAACCUCUCACAAAAAGAUGGAUUUCAACGUCAGUGAAACUAAACAACAACGAACAACCUACAACUGAAAACAGAGAAGUUCUUUGUUCCGGAGAAUAUUACGCUAACAACCUUCGAAAUGUGGUUCGAUUUUACGACGCUUUGAAACAAAUUCCUGAUGGCGCUGUAACUAUUGAAGUUUCCCCUAAUGGAAUUCUUACGCGGGCGAUUCUUAAACGGGCACUCCCAAACUGCAAAAUGCUGGUAAUAGCUUCAAGCGAUGAAGACAACGGAAUACAAACAUUGUGCGACUGCCUGGAUAGUCUUCGAACCCUGGGUGUUGACGUGAAAAACACAGAGUCGAUAUCGUCCUUGGUGACAGCAGUUUCCUUUUCUACAUAAACUUAUACAACAAUGUGUAUAUUACUUCAAUUUGGGGUGACUGUUCAAGUUCGUGUAUGGUCGUGCGAUAUUCUUCAACGUCCUUUACGAUUAGACUGAUCAAUUCAUGAAACCUUGAAAGUUGCUUUGGCUGAUUUUGAACGUCGCAAAACAUACUGUGAAUGUUCUCGUAACUGUAGAAGGUAUGACGUCAAAUGUUUAGUAAGUAGGAAGAAGUUUUGGUGGUCGAUCAACGCAAAUAUUUAACUUGCACGUAACGAGACACAGUUUUUGGGAAUCUGAUAUUACGUGGGUAUUGUCGAAUUAGACAAAUUUUUAGUAUACAUGGAAUUUCCACUGGUGUUUAUAGUUUUAUACAUGAUUAAUAACAAGUAUAUAGGAGGGUGGGGUAAAAUGAGACAUGUUUUCUUUUUUUUUUUCAUUACAUUUAGUAGUAAACAAAGAAUAUUUAAAACCUUAUAUAACCGUAGACUUUGGACUAUAAAAGGCUUGGCAGAGGAAUGUGGGAUUUAGGUGCUAAACCUAAAGGUAUCCCGUCUUUCCCCGCAGUACUAUAUUGUUGGUUUGAUCUAGUACUGUUUGGUCAGUACAGAACUAUCAACGAAUUGGUGGGCGGUAUAUGUCAUAUAGGAUAACUUAAGCCUAUCUGUACGAAUAAACCAGCAGAUCGGAUUCGUUUGGUGCCGUGGGCCACAGUCCAACUUGAUCUUUGUUAAUGCGCUUUGAAAAUGUCACUUACACACACAGGCGUGUUGUACGACAAAGAAAAUACCUCAUUGAGGCGUAUGUUCUAAUAAAUUGUAUUACGUCAAACUGCAAACACAAAACUUUGGGAAAGAAUUUCUAUGAAGCGAUUAGUGGCCCGCCCGUACGCUAACCGCAUUAUACGAUUUCUUUUCACACCAGACAAAUCAUGAGAGUCAACACCAGUGACGUGGUUAAUAAGAAAUUGCAUUCUUUCGUCAAGUAGGCUACAGUGGCCUUAUUUCACUAAAGAUAUCAAAGAAACAACUGUGACCUACUCUUUUAUUUGGUAUUUGUUUAGUCAUCACCUUUUCAAACUAAAACUAUAAAUUAUGUUGCAGUUUAAUAGCCUACUUGACUAAAGGAUUUUUAUACCAGCUUUUAAACCUGGUAAUUCUUUUGUAACUAAUUAUAAAUCUAUAACACUGUCCACUUUAUUUAGCCCAAGACCUUCGGACCCUAAGUUUUACUUAAACUAUAUUACACUGGACUGUGGCUCUACAGUAAAUACUUUACCAUUUUUACUUCACUGGUCUUUCAAACCUUAUCAAUAAAUUAUAAAAGACUAAUUUAGAGCAAAUUUAUUACGUAGUGUACCAUUCUUUACAAAAGAGGCAAAAUAAAGUAAAAAAGAAUGUGAUUGUGAACUACUAUGACCAAGUAUGUAUUAUUAGUACCAAAAGGGUACCGGUAUAGAUUUGGUUCACAAAUCAAUAGUUGUAGCACCAUUUAAUUCAAGAAUUACACACUUAAUUGCUUAUAAAGUCCCUUGGGAUCUGAUAUGAAGUAAGUGCUGGGCAUAGCAUAUAUUACAUAUUGAUAAGAUUUCAUAAGAAAUGAAUUUAAAAACUCUCAUUCCAUUUUCGAAGAUAAGACUUUGAUUCAGAAAAAAAAUGACAAAUAUUUAGUGAUAGAAUGUUUU